AUGAGGGCUCAUCUCCUGGCCCUGACGAUGCCCUUUGUUCCGCAAACCCUGGCCAGUUACGCCUUCUACGUUGGCAAGAGUCUCACGCAGGAUGGUAGCGUCCUCGUCGGAGGGGCGGGCGAGGAGGUCUCGAGCCACUGGCUGCAACUAUUCCCUGCUGCCAACCACACCCCCAACGAGACCAUCACAGUGGGCGUCACGGAAAAGGCAAUCAUCCCCGGGGAGCUGAUCCGCAUCCCGCAGGCGAGCCAUACCUUCCGCUACCUGAGCAUGGAGUACUCGGACUUCGAGGGCUUCCCGGCGCCCCUGACCAACGGAGGCCUGAACGAAAAGGGGGUCGCGGUCAGAGACGUGUGGGCCAGCAACCGCGACGAGCUGAUUCGCAUGACACCCACUCCGCAGCGCGGCGUGCAGUACAGCGACAUGGCGAGGCUGGUCAUGGAGCGCGCAAGCACCGCGCGCGCCGGGGUGGAGCUGAUACGAGACCUCAUCAAGGACCACGGCGAGGCGACCUACGGCGGGAACACACACCUCAUCGCCGACAAGGACGAGGGGUGGGUGGUCUGGGAGUUCGCCGGCGGCCAGGGACUCUGGGCGGCCGAGAGGCUCAACGCCUCGCAAGUCCGCGUCCUGUACCCCGGGUACAUCCAGGCGUUCCCGGUAGACUUCGCCAACAGCACCGACUUCAUGGGCUCGGACAACCUCGUCACCUUCGCCGUCCAGCAGGGGUGGUGGAGUCCGGGCUCGGGCGAGCCCUUCAACAUCUUCAAAGUAUACGGCCCCCAGGGGCCCGAGUACACAGCCCGCGACGGCGGCUUCAAGUACAUGUCCCAGGCGGACUUGGAGGAGGCCACGCUGGCCAUGGCGCCCGUGUCCGAGGCAGACCUCAUGCGGAGAGUGCGCGACCACCGCAUCUCAGACGACGAGGCGGGCUACGGGCAAGUCGUGUCCCUCCGCGAGGGCGUGGACCCGGACAUGCUGAGGAUCUGGAUCGCCCCCACGGGCUCCGUCGCGUCACCGUUCAUCCCGUGGUGGCUCGGGGGCCAGUCCAUCCCCCCGGAGUUCGGUCAGCACCGCUACCUGACGACCGGCGCGUCGGGCAGCUUUGUCACGCCCGACUUCCAGCUCCAGGAGGCGUCUCGGUUCGCGGGCCGCAUAUUCAAGCGCGUCCUGUACUACAUGUGUAGCGCGCCGGCGCAGCUCCUCCCCAUUGUGACGGAUAUGCUGACGACUUUUGAGGGCGAGUCUGCCGAGCAUCUUGAAUGGGUGGAGAGAAGUGCCAGGGCGCUCAUUGCCAGCGGCGAGAGGCACUCGGCGAGGCAGUUGAUGACGUAUUAUUCGCGUUCGAGGGCCGCCAAGGCGCUCGACAUGGGCGAUGCCUUGAACAACGCGCUGGAUGGGUUCAUCAAACUGCGAGGGGAGUGGAGGAGCCCCCUGGGCAAGGAGAUUAACGAUGCUGGCAAGGGGGCGGAGACGGUCAACUGUCUGGUCGGCUUUGAUCCUGAUCGCCCGGUCAAUAGGCAGGGACGGCUGAGAAGAAGGCUUGUUGCCUAA